AUGACGCGAAACGAUGAGGCACGCAUUUUUACGUGCAAGGAUGAUCUUCUCAAAGGCAAACUAUUUCAGGUUUCCGUCAGCCAAAGUACUAAUGACGUCGACUGUAGUUGUAAGUUUUAUAAUCGCUAUGGCUCUCUUGAAACUCCAUCAAAUUGUGACAAGACCGAGCGGACAAAACUCAAGCGUACUAGAGCAUGGUUUGAAUUCCAAAGUUGUCUGGAUUUGGUUAGUGAAGACGAGGAAAAAUUAGACAUGGUGAGGUUACUUUUACGGGAUAUAGAUUCAAAGUUGCAGAAGGUUGCUGAGUCUGAUGACGUUCGAGGUCAGGAAACCCGAGUUGAUUCAUUUAUUGGCCCGGUACCACUUAACGAGGAGGGCAUUCGGAAUCCCAAUAUCAGCCGGAACAAAGGCUGUGGUUCGCGCAUCAAGAGUAGUCGUGAGAUUUCAAUUCAAUCUAAGGGACAACGAACAUGCAGAGUUUGUAAUAAAACUGAGGGUCACAAUGCGCGAACUUGCCCCACCCUAAAAGAUGAAGUGAAGACAUAUCAAGAUUCUUUCUGCUAA